GUCAUUCUGGUGGAAGUGUCAACUCUAACCUUGUAUGAAACAGAAUGUGCACCAAACUGGCCAAUGAUAAUAGUAAACAUUUCACAAGAAUGAGUAUGCUCCAUGCAACAGAAAGCAAAAAUCCUGCAAUUAAUGAAGUGAUUCCCAAAUAAAAGACGGAACCAUCUCCACAAUAGUUCUGUUUAUCAUUCCAUUCUUCGGUAGAUAAUAUUGCACACUAACACAUCUUAAACUUCAUCAAUGGCCAAACAAACCCCAUGUUCUUUUCUUCUUGUUCUUGUUCUAGGGGAGCUUUUCUUUGAAGGGGUUGUGAAUGUCCAGAGUGAGUAUACAUCUGCAGUUGGUGAUCCAGAAAUGAGAAGAGACAGUCUUCGGGUUGCGAUAGAGUCGUGGAAUCAAUGCAAUGAGGUUGGAGAAGAAAAUCUUCAGACAGGUAGCCCAAGAGCUGCUGAUUGCUUCGACAUAUACAGAGUUUAUUCUCCACAGAAAAACAGUGACAGUUGCUCUAUCUGCAAUGAGAUGCCCUAUGUAUUAGUCCACAGAGUCACAGAUGCAGACAACAAGUUAAGGACAGGAGAGCCUUUUCUUGGUCUGCAACCGAAGUCUCAGUUUGAUGUAGACCUUUACGCAGCGGAUAAGGAACUCUAUUUGGGAUCCAAAUGUGAAGUUGAUGAUACCCCAAAUCCAUGGCAGUUUUGGAUGAUCAUGCUCAAGAAUGGCAACAUGGACACUACCGCUGCCAAAUGCCCGAAAAAUGGCCACAAAGUUGGACCAUUUAGGCCUGACUACAACGCCUUUCCUUGUUUCGGAGAUGGCUGCAUGAAGCAGCCAUAUAUUUACCAUGACUAUACCAAGUUGCAAUGGCCUGAUAUAACUACUCUAAAGGGAAGGUUUUUCGGGUCGUGGGACUCUAACUGGGAUGUGAGUAGAGGAGUGAUGGGGAACACUUCUUACUAUUCUGUUACUUGGGAAAAGAAAAUUGGAGAAGGAAGUUGGGUUUUCCACCAUGUCUUGAGGACUUCAACAAAGUAUCCAUGGUUGAUGCUUUACUUCAGAUCAGAUUCCACAAAUGGAUUUUCUGGUGGCUACCAUUACUCUACAAGAGGGAUGUCCAAAAUUAUUCCAGAAUCACCAAAUUUUAAAGUGAGGUUCACCUUGAAUGUGAUCAAAGGAGGGGGUCCUCACAGCCAGUUCUACCUAAUGGACAUGGGGAGCUGUUGGAAGAACAAUGGGCUGCCUUGUGAUGGCAAUGUGACUUCAGACGUCACCAGAUACAGUGAAAUGAUCAUAAAUCCACAAACACCUGCAUGGUGCAAGCCAGAAAAACUUGAUGUAUGUCCACCUUACCACACAUUCUCUAAUGGAACUAGAGUUCAUCGAAAUGACACAUCCCGCUUCCCUUAUGCGGCUUAUCACCUGCACUGCUCACCUGGGAAUGCAGAGCAUCUUGAAGCUCCUUCUAGUUUGUGUGAUCCAUAUAGCAAUCCUCAGCCUCAGGAGAUAGUUCAAAUCUUGCCGCACCCUGUUUGGGGUGAGUAUGGGUACCCUACAAAGCAAGGGGAGGGUUGGAUUGGGGAUUCAAGGACUUGGGAGCUUGAUGUUGGGAGGUUAUCACAAUCACUUUACUUUUACCAGGAUCCAGGAACUAGACCAGCUAGAAGGCAAUGGAUGUCUAUAGAUUUGGGGACUGAAAUUUUCAAAGAUCCUGAUCAAGUGGCUGAGUGGACUGUUAGUGACUUCAACAUACUUGUGCCUGAGCAAUGAAUGGAGACGAAAGAGACACUAACUAGCUUUACUGUUUGAGCUUCAAACAAUCCGAUGUUAAAAGGCCUAAAGGCUACCUUCUACCUGAAGGAUUGAGUUUUAGACAGAAUCAAUCACCAAUCUUUUUCUCCUAUCAAAUUUUGGAUAAUUCAGCAACAUAAACUUACACAACAAAUAGCUUGCUUGAAAGUUAAUGCGCAGCAGAGCAGUCCCAAAACGGCUUUCUGAUAUAUGUUUUAAUUGAUGCCUACCAUUUUUACAGUCUUGAGUCUCUG